UGUGCCGAUGCUCAGGAAGCAAAGCACCGACCAUAUUAGUCACGCUAGAAGUUUUACAGUGAUAUUCCACAGCUUUAUGUGAGCUCUCGGCUACACUCAAAUGCCUGUAAAUACAGUUGAAUUGAUUUAAAUUAUGCUGAAUGGUAGCGCUUAUGAAGUUCAACAUUUGCCGGUUGCUGGGUUUGGGGAGCGGCUCCAGUGACCAGACGCUGGAGAAGAUGGAGACUGGAGCUACAUCUGACCACAAUCAUGAUGUACUUUCUCAGAAUGGUUUGAAUGGAGAGGAGGGCCUCAGUGAAGAGGAGAAGGCCAGAAGGAGAGCUGAGAGACGAAGAGCUAAAAGGAAGCGUCAAAAAGAGCGGAAGAAACUCGAGCGAGGUAAAAAAGACGAGUGCAGCAUACAGGAGGAGGAAGAGCAUGCAGGUGUUGACUCCGAGCUAGAUGAUAGUGGCUCUGAGGUUGAUGAGCAGCAGAUUGAGGAGCAGCAGAUGGAAUUGAGUGGAAAGGUGAUGGAGAAUAAAUGUCCUCCAUGCAAGAGUAGCGAAACACCACCACUGGCGUCGGGAAACAAAGGAAACCAACAGCCGUCAGCUUGCGCCAGUGAGGAGGAUCCAGAGUGGGAUGUAAGCAGUGCCUUUGUUGCCAAUGCUGCUAGUCACAUCAGGCCCAUAGCCAAGAGCAAAGCAGGCCGUAAAUCCAAAGAGAACAAAGAAAAUGAGGCCAAAAUCAAAGAGGUCAGUGGACCCGAGUCUGUGACUAAAAGAAGUGCCUUACUGACUGAAAAGGGAAUCAGACUGGUAAAUGAGGGGCAGUACAGUGAGGCUGUUAAUAUGUUUACAGAAGCUAUCAGAUGUGACCCAAAGGACUACAGGUUUUUUGGGAACCGCUCAUACUGUUAUUACUGUCUGGAUCAGUACUCUCUAGCACUUGCUGAUGCUGAAAAAUCGAUUCAGAUGGCCCAUGAGUGGCCUAAAGGUUAUUACCGCAAGGGAAGCGCCCUCAUGGGCCUUAAGAGGUACAGUGAGGCUGAGAAAGCAAUGGAGCAGGUCCUGAAGCUGGAUAAGGGUUGUGAAGAGGCAGCCAAUGACCUUUUCUACUGCAAAGUGCUGCAGUUAAUGGAUCUUGGAUAUGAAGAGGAGCAAAGUGUGCUUUUGCUUGAGAAGUACAACACAGUGCAGGCUGUUCUGGCAGCCAGAGCUGCAAACAGUGACUCUGCACUUCUUCAGCCAGGAAGUCCGUGCCCUUCUCUCUGGGUGGGUAACGUAACCACAGAACUGACGGAAAAGCACCUGUGGGACCUUUUCAAAAACCACGGAGAAAUUGAGAGCAUCCGAGUGCUGCACGAGCGUUUCUGUGCCUUUGUGAACUUCAAGAACGCCAGCAUGGCUGCACGGGCCAUGGAAAAGCUCAAUGGCCAUCUGAUAGAAAACACACGGUUAGUGGUCCGGUAUCCAGACAGACGCAUCCUGAAACCAUUCCCUGUUUCUGCUGCAGCACAGGCCACAGGAACUGCUGGAGCAAAGCGCAGGGGUCCUGUCAACGGAGACGAGUGCUAUUUCUGGAGGACCACUGGCUGUUAUUUUAAUGACAAGUGUCACUAUAAACACAUUCCUGAGCAGCGGGGCAAAGACAGAAAGCCCUGGCAGCCCUGAAACAGUGCACUCAUCCUCCUCUUUUUACCUUCACCUCUGUUUCUAAAUUAUUUACUAUUUUUCUCACUCAGAGCUAGAGGAAAUGGAAAGAGGUUGCAUGGACUGUGUGGGUUCAGAGACAUUCAGUCAGUGGAAUGGGAUUUGGGCUUGUAUUGUCUAUCUGCAGUGCUCUUGGCGCAGAUCAGCAAUGACCUUGGUGCCUUGGAGUUGAUGUUAUCACUUCCAGAUUCUCCAAGAAUGAACAGAGCAUCUGAGACUCGGAACAGAGAGCAGACGCUUUAGGAAAAGGUUUGAGUGUUCGGUUGAGGCCAGAGUUUGAGGCUAGACCUGGUGUCUCCUGUCAUCUCUGCUCCUUUUCCUUAUGUGCCAACACCACUGAGCCAAAGCAAGCCUUUGAUCACUUCUCACUUUUGAGUUCAUCCCAAACAAAUGCCUUUUAUAUAGACGAGGUGAUGUGAAGCCUUUCUCCAAGCUCCAUGUUCUUUUAUGCCUUAUCAAGAAAUCUGACACCAUAAAAAGCAUAGGGUUAUAGCCUGCUAAAAAGGUGUGGGGAUUUUACCAAAGAAUAUGACCAUGUUUUCUAUGGCGUACAUAAUAAGUUAAAAAAAAAAAGAGAGAGAGACAGAGACAUCAUUUUAUAUUUAUGUUUAUCUUGAGCCCUUUUUAUGAAAGGUUAAGCUCAGUGUUUUUGUGAACAGGCUUACUUCGGUUUAUGACAAACAUUGUGGAGGCAUAAUGUUUAGUUGGGGUAAACAAAAUUUUUGUUCAUUUUCUUAAAGGGUUUUUGAUGUGUUACUUAAAAUAAUAAUAAUAAUAAUAAAAAGUACAUAAAAACUGGUUAAAGACAGCAUUUGAAUGCUGAUUGUAUCCUAAAAGAUAUUUUUCCCCCAACACUUUCUAUAUUGUUGCACUUUAUACUUAAGCACACACUAUGUGGAAUUUUCAAGUAUUGGCAGUUUGGGAGAUUUGUGCAGGUUUUAAUAUAAAGAAUUUAUUUUAUAUUGAAAGGUGCACUAAGAGUCUAUUUUUUCCAAAAAGGUAUUAAGUGUCUCGUGUUUUUUUUUUCUUCUAAAAACAUUUUUUUGUUGUCUGUUCUUUCAAGAUAAUAUUAAUUGUAUGACUGCAAUUCUAUCCCACUUAACAAAGUCUCCUUAAAUAUUGUUUACGUAUUGUUGUGUUUAGUAAUCCAAAAUUGUUCAGUGUUUUUGAUGCUUUUCUUCUUGUUUUGUUUUUCCAUCAUUUGUGAAAUCCAGGAAGUUGUUCUUACCUAUGCAUACUGGACCAGACCACUGUGGACUUCCUUCUUUAGCAUAAGAGAACUGUAGCACCUGAUAAUAAGGGAAUUGGUUCUAGAUUAAACUCGGUUCUUUUUUGUUUUGUUUUUUGUUUUAAAUCUGUCAGUAAGCAGCAGAGCAUCAUUUCUAAUUGGAAAAUUUUUUUGUUUUGAAUUUAUUUUAUUUUUUUCAUGUAAGGAAAGCUGAUUGUAUUGAGGGCCUGAUUUACUAUUUGAAAAAGAAAAAAGAAAACAAACAAGAACACUACCAGAUGUGCAGUACUCUAUUCAUAAAGGCUUACACCUCAAAGCGGUUGGUGUUUUUCCCUGAUAUAGCAGGUUUUGCUCGGUACUUCUAUACUUCUACAUCACACAGUCAAGUCUUUGUCUUUUUGCUAGUCAACACACCACUCAUGACUGUGCAGAAAUAUUUUUCCAAAAUGAAAGCUGUAGUCAGUCAUGUUAGGUUUUAAUUGAAGGCAGUAGGUUUUAUAUAUUACCAUCCAGAAGAACUUGGGAUAUCAGUCUGUAUGGAUAUAUAUUGAUUUAAUCAUUGUGGUUCAUCCUCUUCAUGUUAAAAAAUUUCAAAUAGUGAACGUUUGCGAAUUUCUUCUCUAAACACUUGUUUUUUUUGCAUUAUUCAUCAAAACAAACCAUUCUGACUAAAGGGUUCUAGGUUUUUAGGUUUUUCCUCCAAUUUGCUGAAAGAAAUUCUGUUGUCUGUUUUCCACUCUUUCUUACCAUGUUCUAACUUUAACAUACAUCUACACCUCAACAGACAAUCGGUUCUCAUUAAGUGUUAAGUGUUUCCUUGCACUCUAUUGCCAAAGAGUUUCUUUUACUAAAGAUACUGACUCUAACAUUUUCUGAUUGCUUUCCAUGAAAUAAAAAAGAAAGAAAUUUGA